UUAUCUGCAGGAGCUGGCAUUUUGGAGGAGACCGGAAGUGGAGUUACUGAGAGGUUACCAGAAAUGGAGAGAAAAGUAAGCAAAAUCUGUCUUGCUUCUGAACCCAGUGUAAUUCAUUUUCUACAAGUGUCCUGGGAGAAAACAUUAGGAUCUGGUUUUGUUAUUACACUUACUGAUGGUCAUUCAGCAUGGACUGGGACAGUUUCUGCAUCAGAGAUUUCCCAAGAAGCUGAUGACAUGGCAAUGGAGAAAGAAAAAUAUGUUGAUGAGCUGAGAAAAGCAUUGGUGUCAGGAGCAGGACCAGUGGACACAUACAAGUUUAAUUUUUUAAAAGAGUCUGGUCAUUUCUCCUUUGAGAAAUGUCUGAAGGAUGUUUCAUUCAGACUUGGUUCCUUCAACCUAGAGAAAGUUGCAAGUCCAGCUGAGGUCAUUCGAGAACUUAUUUGUUACUGCCUGGACACCGUCACAGAACACCAAGCCAAAAAUGAGCACCUGCAGAAAGAAAAUGAAAGGCUUCUGAGAGAUUGGAAGGAUGCUCAAGGGCGAUUUGAAAAAUGUGUGAGUGCCAAGGAAACUUUAGAGACUGAUCUUUAUGAGCGGUUUAUUCUGGUGUUGAAUGAGAAGAAAACAAAGAUCAGAAACUUACAUAAAUUGUUAAAUGAGGUUCAAGAAUUGGAAAAGAAUACUGAACAUGACAGGGAAACUACAACCUAUUCUGAAAUAACUGCUGACCAAGAUGCAAUCUAUGAUGAAAGUACUGAUAAGGAAACUAGAAACAUGUCUGGGCCAUCAGUACUGACUCCAGUGAAUUAAAGACAGAGUCUCCUGUAAGCUAGGCAAAGCAUUCCACCACUGAGCUACAUCAAUGCCAGCCUUUUUAAAAUGUGGACAAUAGGAAACUGUCCACAUUUGUGACAAUUUAUAUUGUGACACAUUAUAUUUCUAUUGAACACAGUCAUCUUGAUUUUCUAAAAAGGUUCAUCUUAUACAUAUUCUGUCGUUAUAAAUUUAUAUUAUUGUGAAAAGAGGUCAAAUUGUACUACCAAGUCUUUAUAAAGCUUUUAAUGUAAAGAAAUAUUUAAGUUAUGAAAUCUAAGUACUCAUGUAUGACCUUGAGUGUGGGCAUACUUGAUGUGUAAUGUGAUGCCUUGUUUUGUUUUUAAUUCAUUGUAGUAAAACCAACUUGAGAAUGACUGGUUUAUUUAUUAGUAUGUUGUAGGAAAGUGAAUCCAAACAUUUUCUUUGGUCCUGUAAAACUCUAACCAUGACUGAGUUGAAACAAAGUGAAUAUAGUAAUAAUCUCUAAAUCAGCUGAACAUUGAUAAUGUAAUAUAUUGAGUUAUCUCUCCCUAAUUGUGACAAGGAGCUCUACUACAAGCAGCACUUCUGGUCUUUCAAGUCAAUUCAUCAACAUCACCUAUAUGCCACAUUUAAGAUCAAAAGUAUAGGCAGCCUUACCAGUGAUGAGGUUCUGGAAUAUUGCCAGACCACCAGCAUUGAUGUGAUACUUGCUAAACUCUGAGAACCUGGAGAUGUGUGAAGGAUGGAUAUCAGCAGGCUUACUAGCAGAUCUGAAUGUAUAGUGUAUGAAUGAGAACAUUACCAAAUAAAGUGGCCAUAUAAAAACUCAAUGUGAGAUCCUAAGUGCCAAAGUAAAGCUUGUAAAACUGAGCAAUGCUAAGAAAUAGUAAACCCAGUGACAUUUAGGAUUUUAAUGGAUAUGAUUUGUGGAGUAACAAAACAUAAAAAGAACUUAGGGUAUUGCUUAUUACAUUACUUUCUAAACCAUUGUAAUACCCAUGUUAUUUUUCUAAUUUAAAUGGAUAACUUAGAUGAAAUCAAAAGUCAU